UCCGUUUGUUUAGGUUGGUUACGAAUUGCGAUUUGCGGUGAAUCGCAUUUUCGCAAGUUCUGGGAAAAUUUAGCGGUUUAUUGAACUUUGUAACUUUCCUAGGUGUAUUCAUCAAAUCAAGUUGUUGUUUUAUAUAAAAAUUUCAAUUACAAUUUUAUUCUCAUAACAAUGUCUGACGAAAUCGAUGAAUAUUUUGAGGCUGCGCUUGAAUUAGUGAAAACUGCGGGAAACCUUAUAACAGAAUUCAGAGAUGGCUGCAAUGUAUAUGAACAAAAGUCUAGUGAUAUCGAUUUAGUCACUGAGGUGGACAAAAAUGUAGAAAAGACGUUAAUGGAUGGACUUGCUAAGAAAUUUCCAUCACAUAAGUUUAUCGGCGAAGAAUCCGUCGCUGACGGAGCUAAAUGCAUUUUGACUGAUGAUCCGACGUGGAUUAUCGAUCCUGUAGACGGCACGUUAAACUUCAUUCAUGGAUACCCACAAAGUUGUAUUUCUUUGGGCCUCGCGAUAAACAAGGAAUGCGUCGCCGGAAUUAUCUACAAUCCAAUUCUCCAACUAUUAUUUAGUGCAAAGAAAGGCAAGGGUGCCUUUUUGAACAAUAAACCGAUUCAUGUAUCCCAAACUAAAGAGUUGAGUAAGGCAUUGGUGUCUUUUGAAGCUGGAACUUCACGGGACCCUGAGAAACGGAGGGUUAUGUUUGAGAAUUUCAAGCUUAUGGUUGAGAACGGACAUGGAGUGAGGACAGUCGGGUCUGCCGCAUUGAACAUGGUUAAUGUGGCUUUGGGUGGUAGCGAUGCAUACUUUGAGUUUGGUAUUCAUGCGUGGGAUAUUGCUGCAGGAGAUAUUAUUGUACGGGAAGCUGGUGGAGUCUGUAUAGACCCAGCUGGGGGACCAUUUGACAUCCUCUCUAGGAGAGUGCUGUGUGCAUCGUCUAUUGAACUUGCCCAUGAAAUGAGCAAGGUUCUAAAUCAAUACUAUCCAGAGAGAGAUUAAUGAUAUAAAAAUGUAUUUUUUAUUCAAUUAUUGUGUUUUAAUUGAAUGUUCUGUUAUUUGUGUUUAAUUUUAUGUUAUUACCAGUGUGUACAAAUUAUAUAUUGAUAAUAACUUGAUUUGUUACCUAAUAUCAUUUCACCUAUUCUGUUAUGUAUCUUGAAUAUUUUAUAAUAAAUUUUAUAUUUAUGAUAUGAAAUAAAUGUAUUUAUU